CCACCCCAGCUCCGCUCCGCCUUGGGUUCCGGCAGAACCCACCUUGCGGUAGCCAUGGCAGCAGGCUCCGAGGCGACCACUCCUGUGAUCCUUGCAGCUGGGGCUGGAGAGGAGGAAGCUUUUUUGUCAAAACACUAUUCAUGUGUUACUGUCGCCUGUGUACAUAUUUAUAGAAGGCUACCCAGUUAUAUCUACCCAAAUAUGAACCAUUUUGGGAAUAAUCAAAGCCAUGUGAUCUAUUGGCUCUAAUGUAAGGUAAACAUGUCAAACCUUUUAUGCCAGAGAAAGCAAAAGAAAUUAUCAUGUCUUUACAACAACCUGCAAUCUUCUGUAACAUGGUGUUUGAUUGGCCAGCACGACACUGGAAUGCUAAAUACCUUUCAGAGGUCCUUCAUGGCAAGCGGAUACGAUUCAGAAUGGGGAUGAAAAGCAUGAGCACAGUUCCUCAGUUUGAAACGACAUGUAAUUACGUAGAAGCUACACUUGAAGAGUUUCUGACCUGGAACUGUGACCAGUCUAGUAUUUCUGGACCAUUUAGAGAUUAUGACCAUUCCAAGUUCUGGGCUUAUGCUGACUAUAAAUAUUUUGUCAGUCUAUUUGAAGACAAGACAGAUCUUUUCCAGGAUGUGAAAUGGUCUGACUUCGGGUUUCCUGGAAGAAAUGGACAGGAAAGUACACUGUGGAUUGGCUCCUUGGGAGCCCACACACCCUGUCAUCUGGACUCCUAUGGUUGUAACUUGGUAUUCCAGGUACAAGGAAGGAAACGAUGGCAUCUCUUUCCUCCUGAAGAUACACCUUUCCUUUAUCCAACUAGAAUCCCUUAUGAAGAAUCUAGUGUGUUCAGUAAAAUCAAUGUUGUCAAUCCUGAUUUAAAGCAUUUUCCUCAGUUCCAGAAAGCUCAAAGACAUAUGGUUACACUGAGCCCAGGACAGGUUCUGUUUGUUCCCAGACACUGGUGGCAUUAUGUAGAAUCCAUUGAUCCUGUCACUGUCAGUAUAAACUCAUGGAUUGAACUGGAAGAAGAUCACCUAGCCCGGGUAGAAGAGGCAAUCACCCGUAUGCUUGUGUGUGCCCUGAAAACUGCAGAGAAUCCACAAAAUACCAGAGCCUGGUUAAACCCCACUGAGGUUGAGGAAACGUCCCAUGCAGUCAACUGUUGCUACUUAAAUGCAGCUGUUUCUGCAUUUUUUGAUCGUUGCAGAACAUCUGAGGUAGUAGAAAUCCAAGCACUGAGAACAGACGGAGAGCACAUGAAAAAGGAAGAAUUAAAUGUGUGCAACCACAUGGAGGUGGGCCAAACAGGUAGCCAGAACUUGACCACAGGAACAGCCAAACCGGAGGCAGCAAGUCCCUUUGGCCCUGAUCUGGUCCCUGUAGCACAGAGGUCCGAAGAACCACCUUCAGAAAGAGGAGGCAUAUUUGGAAGUGAUGGGAAAGACUUUGUGGACAAGGAUGGAGAACACUUUGGAAAAUUGCAUUGUGCCAAGAGACAACAAACAAUGAGCAACAGUGAAAAUGCAAUUGAGGAACAGAUUGCCUCAAAUACUACUGUGGCUCCUUCUCAAACAUUCAUUUCUACGGAUGACUUGCUGGACUGCUUGGUGAAUCCACAAGUAACCAGGAUAGUGGCACAACUUUUGAUACAAGGAAGAAGUUUAUGAUUCAAGUGGAAGAUGACUUUUAAAAUAAUAUUUUUUAAACAUAUAUUUUUAAGUAGUAUGACUGUAAAAUAAAGAUGAACCAUCAAAAGGUCA